AAGGCCACUUGCUCCUUUUUAGAACUUUGGUGAAUCUACAUUAUUGUGUAUGCUAUCACACUAGAGGUUAGUAGAACCUUAUUAUAUAUACAUGUAAUUCUAUAGAAGCCUUGGUGAACUAGCUGCAAUAUGUAUCACUUGAAGCAGAACUACAAGCAGCAUAGCCUCCUAAGAAGAACUUGCAUGAAGAGGCAGAGAGCAUAGUGCAGCCAAGGAUGACUUGCCGGAGCAGGAGGCCAGGAGUUAACUCAUGUUCAUUGAUUUUCUUAUCUAUCACUCCGACAAGUUGUCCUUGGCUAUGUUGGGCUCUCUUCUUCUCAUGUAAGUACUGCAAUUAGGCAAAAUUAUUUUACAAUCCGCAGCCACAUUUGCGGCCGCAAAGUAAACAGUUUUGAAAAUUUCACACCAAUAUCGCGCAGCUGUGAUUGCAGCUGGAUCAACUUGUAUUUGUUUGCAAUUCUCCAAUGCAACUACAGCCUAGAUUCCAAUUUAAAGCUCUGAUGAAGCCUUGUGUACAGAGCUAUGAUAUUUAGUGCAACUUUAUGGUGUUUUUCCAGGGUAAGUGAUCAAAACUUGGUUGAUAUGGAAGUUAAGUUUUAAACUAUGGGUUAUUUACAACAUUAACUCAUUUGAGUCAUUUCUGCAUCUGUAUCAGUCACAUUUAUAUGUAAGUUUCCCAUAAUUUUAAUAUGAAUUAUGAAGGCAGCGCUACCAGAAAUUAAAACUUUGACUAGAGAUUGAACACGGUACAAAAUGUCCCUUUCUUUUUGAAGUUGAACUCAUCAGAAGUUUUUCAUAUUUUUUAUAAUUUGUUGGAGAACAUAAGUAUGUAUACUUUGACAGAGUACGUAGUGUGAAAAAUUCAGCGAAAUUGGCUUGCUGACACAGACGUCCAGGACAAAUAUCAGAGAAGUGAGAUGAAGGAUUUGAAAUUUUGAACAUGAAGUCCUUGUAGAUCAACGUUAUACUCAACAGAAUUCCUUUUAGCCAGUUAACUCACAAGGAUCAUGAGCUGUUAAUACUGGAUUUUGAUUUGGAGGAAGGAUGCAAUUUGGGAAUUUGAUGGAGAUAAAAGCCCAAAACAAUUAAGACGAUUACAAUUUCAAAUUCAUUAAAUCUCUUUGGCAUGUACUUCAGGAAGAUAUCAAAACGGUGCUAGAUGAAAUAUUUGUUAGUAUUAUAAAAUGUGUCAUGGUUUUUACCUGUUGCUUGAAAGACAUUUAUCAGUGGACUGUCACGACCAUGUGAAACAGUUAUUAAAAAUAAAUUGCAAAUAAUGCAAAAACUCUCGUUACUUAAACACCUUGAUUUUCUUAGUAUUUCUAACUUCUUAUUACAUCACAUAAACACCUGCAAAUACUAUGCUUGUUGCACAUGUUGACCUUCUUUUAACAUUGAGAGCAGUCUAAAGUGGACCAUGCAAUCUUAGGGUGAUAUGUUUGCUUGUUGUGUGCAGUUUGAGCCUCCAAAAAUUUGUCUAGAAACAGAACAUGUGUAUGUCAUGUCAUAGAUGUACAAGCCUAUGGGGUCAAAUGCCCCCACCUGAUUUUCAAUUUCAAAAUUUACUUGUUUGAUUUGAAACAAAAACAUAUUACUUAGUUAUAAAUUACAAUGCUAAUUGCUAAAUUGCCCCCACCAUAAAAAAGUUGCUCCCAUGACUUAUAGUAAAGAAAAUGUGCCCCAUGACUUUGUACGUAUAUUAUACAUUGAAUACCAUUAAAAAUUUAAAAUUUAUCUACAUUUGUGUUAAAUAUUCUAAUUUAUCUUUUUUCCCUUUCUCUGUAGUCUGUAUAGUAUUAUGGUCUAUUUGUUUUUAACAUUCACAUCAUUAUUUUAGUAGAAGUUAUGUUGAUUUUUCUAUCCUUUUCCAUAUUUAUAAAAAAAAUCUUCAUUUAAUUCACUUAUAGUUGUGUUGAAACCUUAUAUUUAUGUAAUAAAUUUUGAUUAUUUUACAUCUGAUUAAUAAAUUACACCAUCCAAUUAUUGAUAUCCAUACCUCUUCCUCUGAACUCAAUAUGUCAUCAUCUCUUACCAUUUGAGCUAUCUUUUGGGACAAUAAAUUUUGAUUUUAGAAAUGAAUGUAUUUAUGAUUUUUUAGUAGUUAAAAUAUAUUUAUGAGAAAUAUGGUGUUCUAUGACCAUAAAUUUUUUAUUUCUAUGCUAAUUUUCAUCUUCGGUAAUUAAAAAAUUUGAAAUAGAGAAAAAAAUAAUUCAAGUGUGUGUAAGAAUGAAAAAAUUCUAUGAUGUAUUUAAUUUUUUUAAUAAUAGUGUAUUAUGUUUUUUUAAUCUUACAAACUCACAUGUAUAUUUUGCCCCCACGAGUUAAAAUUUCUGGAUCCGUCACUGAUUAUAAAAUGUGUCAUGGUUUUUACCUGUUGCUUGAAAGACAUUUAUCAGUGGACUGUCACGACCAUGUGAAACAGUUAUUAAAAAUAAAUUGCAAAUAAUGCAAAAACACUCGUUACUUAAACACCUUGAUUUUCUUAGUAUUUCUAACUUCUUAUUACAUCACAUAAACACCUGCAAAUACUAUGCUUGUUGCACAUGUUGACCUUCUUUUAACAUUGAGAGCAGUCUAAAGUGGACCAUGCAAUCUUAGGGUGAUAUGUUUGCUUGUUGUGUGCAGUUUGAGCCUCCAAAAAUUUGUCUAGAAACAGAACAUGUGUAUGUCAUGUCAUAGCUGAAGGUGUGAAAAACGACUAGAAAGGGGGGGGGGGGGUUGAAUAGCGUUUUCAAUAUAAAAACUUUCCCCUUAAGAUUUAAAGUAAAUCUUUUCGGUUUCUCUAAGAUAGAUGGUGCAGCGGAUAAAGAUAGAGAGAAGAGAGAAGCACACAAGUAUUUUAUCCUGGUUCACUUGAUAAAUCCCUCAAGCUAAUCCAGUCCACCCGUUAAGGUGAUUUCUUCCUUCUUAGAAUGAAGGCAAUCCACUAAUCAGAUAAUUGUUACAACUGCACUUGAAACCUACAAGUGACUAACAAUACACUGACUUAGCUGUCACUAAGAUUCACUCUCUUAGUCUUCUCUAGGAUCCGAUCAACCUUGAUCUCCUAAAGGAAUCACCACUAAGAUUCACUCUCUUAGUCUUCUUAAGGAUACUGACCUACCCGGUCCCUUAAGGAAAAUCAAACAACUGUUUGAGGUUGGUGUUUACAAAGGUUUGCUUCUAAAUAAGCUGAGUGUAAACUAAAUAAGAACAGAUGAAGAAAGUAGAGGCUUGAAUCUUUUCUUGUAUUGCAGCUCUUUGUUUUCUCUCUUUUCUUCAGCCUUUUAUAGUCCAAGGUGCAAAGGAUAUUUCUGUUGAGAGAAUAUGACCGUUGGAGGGCAUUUCUGGAACUUCCAGAACCUGCUGUGGCUGAACUUUGGUAGGUAGGCUUUUCAGAAUAGUACACUGCUCUUGUACUUCUUGAUAGAGACAUUUGCCUUUAACCAUUGACUUCUGAUCAGAGUUAUGCUUCGUGUUGGAACUUGUGAAGCUUGGUGAUCAGAGUCAGAGGGAUGCUUGGAUCCUCUGACUUUCGUAACUUCUGCUUCUGGACCUUCAGAGCUUCUGGACCUUCAGAGCCUCUGGUCCCUCAGAGCUUCUGAUCCUCUGAUCCUCAGAUCCUCUGAUCUUCAGAUCUUCUGAUCUUCAGAACCUCUGAUCCUCAGAUCCUCUGAUCUUCAGAUCUUCUGAUCUUCAGAACUUCUGACGAAUAUAUCUUCUGGUGUCAGAAUCAGAACCUGUUUGUCAAAACACUCAAGACAAACAUUAGAGUAUCAUAGUUGUUCAUCCACAAAUAAAUACUUGUUAUUAUCAAAACAUAGAGUUGUACCACAUGACCAAAUCUUGAUCUUACAAUAGCAAAUAAUGAAUAUUAAUUUGUAGUAACAUAAAGAAUGGUGUCCGCCCAAUAUGAUAAAAAAACACAACUUUUAUGAUGUUUUCAACUUGAAAAUUGUAGCACAAGAAAAAGUUAAAGAGCUUAUUUGAUAGCAUAAGCUGUUUUGAGCUUAUUUUCAUAAUUUAUUCAAGAUAGCUUAUGAAAAAGAGCUUAUAUAUAGCUUAUUCUCAAUUUAUUUCAAUAAUUUUUUUAAAAGACCUUAUGAAUAAGUGCUUAUGUCAUAAGCGCUUAUGACCAUAAGCGCUUAGCUAAGCUGUGUUUUCCUAAAUCAGACCAAAGUAUGUUUCUUUUUUGAGUGUUCACUUUAGCAGCGAUUAAAACCACAACAAAAGAGGAGAUUUUUGAUGUUACGCAUUGUUGUGCUGUUCACCCAUAGUUACCAUUGUACUAAUAAAACUUAACUUAAACAAACGUUAAAUAAUUGUAUGAUAAGUUUUGUUGACUAUAACAAUGUGUUGCGUUCUAAGGUAAGCUUAAGUAAGAAAGGUACAAAAAGCUAACCCUAGCAGAGCACUAAAAUAGUAAAGACGUAAUAAAAGGGAAUAUUCUCAUUAAUGGUCAUAAAAGUUGGUGGUACAAGGUGAUGACUUUCCCUUUUAUAGAGGGGUAUGGUCAUGACAUGGACUUUUCCUACAUUUGGGCCUGACAACCAGGGCCCAAAUCCCUAUGCACAUAAGACAAAUCCAAGAGAAUCUUCCAGCUGGCUUACGGGACCACUUAAAGGGGGCGAGAAUCCUCGGUAUUUCGCCAGUUCCCGCAAUGUCUUCCUUCGUCCAGCUGAUUGCUUGUUUUGGGCGGGCAUGGAGGUCUUUAUAUCCCGCCCAGUCCACAUGCCCCCAAGACAUGAGGCUCAGAUAGAUUGAGUCGAAAUGUCUUCAUUAUGCUAUUUCAUCGCCUGCCUUCAUUACUCGUUGGGUGAUUUUUGGUGAAGUCGUUGUAAAUGUAUUGGUUAUUCUACAUCGCCCCUUUCACAUUUGUUGUUAUAUCGCCACUUUCCGCACUUUUUGAUAUGUCGCCACUUUUUAUGUUUGUUGAUAUGUCGCCACUUUUUGCCCAACACGUUUUCUCAAACGUCAAUCAAGUCUUUUUCACUGACACACGCAAUCCUCGUUUCCCGGGAUUCGUCAUCAUUUGCAAUGAAUGCAGUUUCCAUUUGUGUGUCUCGAGGAGUUGCUUCGUUUGGUAGAAACCUAGGAUGUUAUGAUGCCUUUUCACUUCACACUUUUUUCAAAAUUUUCAAAAUUUUAAAUCCCACGUCGCUUCGCUACUUACCCCACUCAUUCUCUCUCCUCUUUUCCCCUAUAAACCUCUUUUACCUCUCUUCACUUUUUUACUUUCAAAGAUUUUCUCACUUUCUCCUCUUUGAACUCCGACGAAUCCUCCCUUGCUCCGACCGUCGUCAUAGCGCGGUGUCUCCCUCUUCCCAACGUUUUCAUUCCCCGUUUUAAUCCCUCCUCCGGUGAGUCCCUUGCACGCUCCUCUUGUUUUGUUACUUUCUUUCUCGAAUUUCUUCCCUCUGUUCAUCUUCCUUUGUUCUUCUUUGGUUUUUUAUCAUGUGUUUUCCCAGUACAUCCGCAAAUAGUGCCAGUGCCUCUUCUUUUGAACUAUCUCCCCCCUCAGCAGAUGAAGAAUCCUUUUCAUCUGUUGUGGUUCUUUCUGAUUCUCAUACCGUUGGGAAUGAUUCCACCCUUGAGGAGUCUCCCACCUCUGUUCAAUCCUAUCAUGAUGGCUUAUCCUCGCCUGAAUGGCGAACAAAUAUAAGUUUGAUUGAAGACAAGUGUCUGCUUCAAUCUAUCUAGGGUAGUGUUGGGUGUAUCAACUCUCACCGAUUGACCGCCCAAGGUUUUACCCGAAUAAAUCCCGCCACGUCCAAAAAUGAUGACCUGGCAUUAAAUGUUCUUCCUUGCGGCGAAGAUGACUAUGUUACUUUAAGAAAAGUAACGUCAGAUGACUCGCCCGAUUUCUUUUAUGUGUACGGUUAUUUCUUCACUGAACUAAACAUAAAACUCCCUUUCUCCCCCUUUAUCUGUCAUGUUCUUACUUUUUUGAAUGUGGCUCCCUGUCAGCUCCAGCCCAAUGCUUGGGGUUUUAUCCGUUGUUUUGAAAUUUUGUGUGAACAUCUCAGUUUCACGCCCACCUAUCCUCUGUUUUUUCUUUUUUUAUAAGUCAGUUUCAAAGAAACCCACUUCCGUUAAGUGGGUACCCUUGUUAGCUCGUAAGAAAAUGAGUCGCUUUACCGCCCUCAAAAGCCAUCAUAAGGUGUGGCAUAAAUUUUUUUUUAAGGUUGCUGAGUCGCCCGAAAUAAAUAAUUUGUUCCGUGACUCCCAAAAUCGCCCCCUUUUUCCUUUCUAUUGGAUGAAUAGUCCUCGUCGGAAGAUUGUUGUUUCAUCUGAUGCGUUGGAUGACUCCGAGCGAGGGGUGGCAGCUUAUCUUCAAUCAUUGCCUGUUUUCUCCGGUCAUGACUUGAUUGAGGCGUCCAAAUCUGGCACCCUAAAUGAAUUUUUUAGUAAGUUAAAAAUCCUUGUUUAUCUUUCGCUUAUCGCCCUUUCAUCAUCCUAACUCGUACCAUUCUUUGUGCAGCUACCAUGGGAAAAGGCAAGUUUGAUGCCAGCCCACAGAAAAUGAAGGCGUUCCUCGCUCAGGCGGUUGAAGCAGCCAAAAAAAUAGCCGCUGAUGAAGAAAAGAAAAGAAAACCGGAAGGCACUUCUGAUUCGGGUGCUACCAAAGAUCCCAAGCGUCAAAAAACUUCAGGCGCUUCCGAUAAGAGCUCUGGUGGUAAGGCUAUGCACCAGACGACAUUGAAUCCUGCCAAUCUUAGUCCGAAGACCAAAACUGCUGAGAAAAAGAAGGGAAAUGACAAUCUCCCGCCCCCUCGUAAAGAUUCCCAUUCUGCUGUUGUUCGCCCAAGUACUCCCUUUACCCAGGUUGGCUCAAGCGCCGCUGCUGCAGGCGAUGUUGUCCCUGCCUUGCUUAAUCUAACUGACCCCAACUUUGAUGGUUUUGAUUUUAUGAACCAGACCUUUGACAAUCGCCUGAGCAAAGACACUGUUGGACAAUGCGACCCCAACAUCGCUUCUCUGGCCAUUCAUCAUGCUCUUUCUACCGCCAGCAAUGUGGCGGGCCUGGUUAAUUAUGUGAAAGUUCUUUACUCUGCCAAACAUCGCUUUGAAAAGAAAGCGAGUGAGUACAAAGCUGGUUAUGAGCGCAUGAAGGCUGAUGUGGAGGCGCACAAAAAGAGCCUGCAAGAGUCUGAAGACAAGUGCGCCAAGCUUACUGAAGAGCUUGCCACUUCUGAGCUGCUCCUUAAAAAGACUAAGUCUUUGAGGGAUACCAUUAACUCCAAGCAUACUAUUCUUCAAGAGAAGUGUGAGAAGUUGGUGGGGAAAUAUGACCGCCUUAAAGAGUCUAUCCUUGGCGCGCCUCGUAUCAAUUUGCAGAAGGUUUCAUCAACGCUAAGGAGCAAAUUCACGUUGUGGAUCCUAACUUUGACCUUUCUCAAAUUGGUUAUCUGAAAGAGAUUAAGGAUGGCCAGGUGGUUGGCGAUCAUGACAUUGCGCUUGAUCUUCUUCCUAAGUUCACCUUUGAGAGUGAUCUAGAAGAAGAAGAAGAAGAAGAAGAAGAAGAAGAAGAAGAAGAAGAAGAAGAAGAAGAUGAUGAUGGUAACCAAGACCUAGGCGAGGAUGAUCAUCAAGAUCAUGGUGGUUCUGGUGAUUGCCAAGACCAAGUCGGAGAUGGUCGCCAAGGUCGUGACAAAUCUGUUGGUGAUCAAGGCCAAGGCGACAAUGAUGAUGCUAGAAAUGAAAAAGGUUCUGAUGCUCAUGUGAGCCAUGAUACCACCAACCACGCCGAAGAUCUUGCUAAGUUUUUCUCUUUUUGUUUUUGAUGUAGGGCGAGGCCCGUUUUAAUUUCAUGCUUGUAAUGGGCUCUGCCCCCGCCUCCUUUUUCAUUAAUGAAGUUUUUA